AAUGAGUGAGUGACAAGACAUAAAGUGACGAGUUGAGGGAGGGUGGAAGGGUACAACUGCAGAUUUAACAAUUCGGAUUGCUGUAGAAAAGGGUGGCCACGCACAAGCCCACACUGUAAUACGAGCUACGCCUCCAGGAUGCAAUAAUGGGUUGGUUUCAGACUAACCUAAUCCUAUUAAACAUGCAAUCCUAUGCAGUAAGCCUCGAUGAACUCAAUGGGACUUAUUGCAAUCACUUUUCCCGAGACGAAAAAAAAAACAUGACGUUAAAAAUAACCAGGAAGUGUUGUGCCAGUCUUGUGGGAUUGUCAGAUACAGAAACAGAAAUGGCUAGUCACGCCUCUUCCUGGGUUUUCCCUUAGAAUCGGAAUUGGCUGCUAGGCAACCAAGCAACGUUCUUGGUAGAUGACUUUAGCAAGAGGCCUUUUAGGAAGCAAAUCCCUAUGAAUAUAAAGAAAACAUGAAAUUUACAGACUAUUGCCUUAGCUCAGAAGGAGCCGAUGUUAUUCUAGCAACAUCAAGUGAUGAAAAAUACCCUCCAGAAAAUAUCACUGAUGGAGUGCAACCCAAACUCCCCCCUCCUGCUGGUGAGGCUUUGCAGAGCAGCAGGGCUAAUGCUGCAUCUGCAGUUCUCCUACUCAUGGUGGCCAUGGCAGAAGUGCAGACAUUACGGAUUGAAAAAAGUGUGUCGAAAGAUCCAAUCAAUUUUGAACAAUGCGUUGAAAAAGAGUUGCAAUAUAAAGAAGGAGAACUUCAGAUAGAAGCAUUUUCUUUUCCUGAGAUCCAGGCCACAUAUUUGCGAUUCAUAAUUCUAUCUGCGUUUGAUGCUUUUGUGUCAGUUCAUAGGGUGAUAGCAGAAGGCAUAGCACAAGAUAUUUAAAACCAAAUGUAAUAUGCUGCAAUCAUAGCAGUAAAAACAUUGUACUGAUGUUUGUAAUAUAGAUUAUGUAAUCCAAGCAUUAAAGUAUGUUUUUAACUGUG